AUCUGUAUGGCUCCUGGAAAAACGGUCAACCAAAGCGAUUUUUGUGCUGUUAAAGACAAACGAGUUUUAAAAGAUACUUUUACAUUCCAAAAGGCUAUAUUUAAGAAAGAUGUCCAAAUUGUUUUAAAUGAGACAUAUGAUACGUGCGUAUUUUAUAUUCAAAUAAUAAAACUAAAAUAAUUGUUAAAUCCGUGAUUUCCGAACGCCCCAUUUGACCUAUUAAUGAACGACGAUGCGUUUACUAAUAGCCCGUUUAUCCGUCUGUGGUGAAGCGACUGUGCGCUCUCUGUACUUCGUUGUCAAAGUUGAAGCGGUGAUGGCGCAGACGGACGACAUUGACAUAAUGAUGAAUUAUCACGGAGAUGUAUUCAAAAACGACAGAAAGAACUGCCGCUAUCCCUACUGCGUUGUCUGGACUCCCAUUCCUAUUCUUUCGUGGGUGCUGCCUUUUAUUGGUCAUAUGGGAAUAUGCACCUCUUCCGGAGUCAUAAGAGAUUUCGCAGGCUCUUACUUUGUCUCGGAGGACAGCAUGGGCUUUGGAAGACCAACAAAGUACUGGAAGCUAGACGUGGACAAAGUGUGUGACAACAGUGCCAUUACCUGGGACAAAGCAGUGCAUGAUGCAUCCGAAGAAUACAAAUGCAGGCCGCAUAACUUGUGCUUAGAUAACUGCCAUUCCCACGUUGCCAUGGCUCUCAACCUGAUGCGCUACGACAACAGCACCUCUUGGAACAUGGUCAACUUGUGUGUGCUGUCGCUCAUUCAUGGCAAAUAUGUAAGCUGGCCCGCGAUCCUGAAGACCUGGCUGCCCUUCAUCAUGCUCUGCGGAGUCUUCGCCAUAUUCUGCGCGACAAGAACCCCCAUCAAUUCACGGGACCCUUUUAUUCCCAGAGUGCAGCAGAUGAGAAAAGGACUAUUGCUGGGGCGCUUUUUGCCUCUUCUGCAGCGUUCUUAAGCCUGUGAAAAAAUAUAGACCCUGUUCCUCUUAAC